AUGGCGUCUUCACUGGAGAUCCUGAAUCCGCAGUCCUGGGUGCCCAAGGAGAGCAAGAAGCAGGACCCCAGGUCUGCUAAGGUCUUAGAAGAACUCUCAACAGCCAUGAUCCGGAUCUUCUGCGAACAAGACUGGUCCAAUCCGCUCCUCAAGUACGCGUUACCGAAUUUUUCGGCCUACAUCGACUACGAUGAGGUUCGAAGUCGAUCAUUGGAGGAACACAUCGCCUUCCACAAAUGGAUGCACAAGAAGUAUCCAGGAUACAUCUAUGAGGUCGAGACGGUCUCGGCGGAUGUGGACGAUGUCAAGGGCUUGGCUACGGUGUGGGCUACAUUGCGAGUUACCGGUCAUCCGUGGAAGAUACAGCGUGAGAGCGUGACCAUUCUCUGGUGGAGGAGAAAAAAAGGCCAGUGGAGAUGCUACAAACAAUUUGGCCCGCUGGAUCAUGGACGCAUGUUGGAACCAUUGACCACUUCAGCGGCCGGGUGCCAAACGCCAUGGCCGGCAAUGCCAAGUCAACUGCAAUUCCAACAUUUUGCCACAUCAUCCUACCAUCUGCACGAGGUCAGAGGCCCCAAAAUGACGGCAAAGAGCCUCGAAGGUGUUCUCAGUCGAUAA